UUUCCACAGACCAAACAAAACAUCAAGUCAACCAGAACAGACGAGAAAAGCUCCGUUUUUGUCCUGCGUAAAAGUGCCAAGACAGUUCCAAACAUGGAGAGGUCCGUCAGAUUUGCUGUCGUGUGCGUCGCAGUGUCUCUGCUCAUCUCUUGCCAACCAGUGGAAGCCUGGUACAAGCAGUCCACCGGGCCCAGCUACUACUCGGUGGGCCGAGCCUCCGGUUUGCUGUCCGGUAUCAGGAGGUCUCCAUACGUCCGGAGGGCUGAGUCCGAGGAGACACUGUUGGACAGCGGGGAGACAACAGGUAACAGCGUGCUUCCAGAGACCAACAGGGAGAUCUCCAUCCUCAAAAGCAUGGUGAGUACAUUACAGAUUCUGUUUCUCUAUUCCUUUUUUCUUUCUCAGAUCAAAUGAAGUGGAGAUGCGCCUAAAAUGGCUUCUGUUUACGCACAAGACGAAGCGUCUGAAUGUCUUAAAGCUUAAAUAUCUAGAGUGAUACGCAUUAAAGAUAAAGAAUCAGUAUAUGUUUUACGACAUGAAUGCUUUUAGGUAACUUUUGCACCAAAAAAGGAAGCUGAGAAAAAUUGCUGGAGAAGUUCAAUAGCUGGUGCGCACAGAUGAGAGCGCAGCCAACAGUAUUCAAAGACGGUGAAAACGAUCUUUGACCAGUUUAAUAGAGACGUUUAAGGGAUUUUGACUGGACAAACAAGGGGAUAGGCUAAAAAGGAGAAAUUAUAAGAGGUUUAAUUAAUAUUAGAGGUCUGUUUCAGUCUGUAUGUAACCAAAUGUAACCUCUGAUUGUCUCAUCACUUUAUUCUCCUUCCCUCUGCGCUCAGGCUAUCUGCGUAAAGGACAUCUCUCCAAACCUGAAGAGCUGCGAGCUGCUGCGGGACGGCACAGGAACCUUCCAGUGUAAGGCGGACGUCUUCCUCACUCUGGACUCCCUGGACUGUCUGUCCGCAUGAGCCCCGGUCCUCCACCGAGCCCCGGGAGCGCCUCUCUGGAAAAACGACACAUUUUGAUGAAGGAAGGAAGGAAGGAGGGAUGCUGGUGGAGGAGGAGGAGGGUGAGGGUCAGGGGAUGACGACGCAGAGGAAAGCCCCCUCAUUGACGAUUAUGGACCGCUGCAGACUCUGAAUGUUUCCUGAUUUAAAGAGAAAAAAAAAGACCACAAACGUUGUUCAUUUUUUGUCUUGGCUUCAAACUGUAAAAGAAAAAAGAAAAACAAAUAUUGCGACCUUCCUCUUCCCGGUUUCUUCCCACCUUUGCUGUUCAUUCCUGACAUGUACCCACAGUUGUCAACAUUGUAUUAAAUGUCCAGAAAUUUGACUGCAAAGAAGAUUUCCUGGAAAGUACUUUUAUUUAUUUUAUCUAUUAAAAGGAACAAACACUGGUA